UGGCAGUUCGUGACGGCGGGAUAGCCAUGAUUUUUUCUGUACUAACAGCCGCAUUUCUGGGUAUGGUAUUUACUUCAGUUUAAACAAAAAAUCUGUAAAAUCUACUUCUACACAGAUAUCUUACCUAAAUGUAUUGAGUUCAUAACAUGUCCAGACACAUCAGAAUUAAGGACUAGCCCUUUGAUCUUCAUGAGUAGGUGCUGGCAUGGUAAUUACUUUUUGUGGGCCACGUGAUAACUUUUUUUUAGGAGUCUGAAUCUGGAUUUCUUUACAAUAAUUUGAGCACAAUUUUAAUAAAUGAUAACAGAUAAGCAUUGGGAUAACAGACAAGCAUUGGGAUAAUGUUUAAACAUUCGGUGAAUUAUGUGAUGUUUUGUUUUUUACACUUUGUCAAUUUGGAGCUAUGUUUAUUAAUAGCAAAGAUUUUCACAGUUAAUGAAUCACUAUUUGUAAAUUUUACGAAAACAUUAAUUCAGUUCCCGGAGGGUCUUGCGGGCCGGAUUUCAGUCGGGCAGAGUCGUAGUAAACACCCCCCCCCCCCACCACCAACCCCGCUCUGAUCUCACCAAACGACAGUCUUGCUCCUUAAAAUCCGUUUGCAGACUGUUUUUGUGUUAUUUAUUGUAGUAGUUGUAUCCACAAUAUUGUCAUUUUGUGGACAAUAUUAAAAAACAAUUAGUUGUGUUCAAUUUAUUUUGGAACUCCUCAUUUCUAUUCCAUUUGCAGCCAUUGUCAGUUCAAAUACUCUGGCAGAUUCUGUAAGUACAGACCUUUCCCAAUUUUUUAUUUUAUUUUACAGAUUAGAUGAAAUAUUUUUUUUUAUAUUUUAUAUUUUUACGUCGUAAAUGACAAAUGACGGAAUUGAAGUUGAGAAUUGAAGAUUAUAUCCCCAUUUUAGUUCUUAUUUUUUCAUUAAAAACUUGAGCACAUGAAUUAGAUAUUAAAAUGAUUUGUCCCGUAUAUAAAGACGAGGCAGACGCUGGGGACAACAACGCCCUUCCAUUUUACUGUGCAACAUUUCCCGUACAUUGGUUGCCAGCUUUCACAAUACACAGAUUCCUUAACAUAGUUAGCAUUAUCUCUCCCAGAUAGUACAUAUUAUUUUAAAAAAGAGACUGUGGGAAAUUAUAAUCAAAUAAUUAAGUCAUGAUUAUACUAUGACUGGAAAUAAACAGGCAAGCAAUGGCGGCGGCAUUCAUUGAACUUUCCAUCGAUUUAAAUUCCGAAACAUUCAAGUGACACGCUUUGUAAGAAUCCCCAUUAGUGCUUACUUCUGGGAAUUUUAUUUUGCGCGCCUAUUGAACACAGCGUUACAGCGAUACACACAUUAUGUCUAGAGACGAAUUAUCUGGGACAGGUUUAAAAUGAUACAUUGUUAUGUGACUCUUUCAGAGAGCUUCGUAUAUUCUUCUAAACGUUAUAUAACCCGUGCGCAAUGCAUAUAAUUGCACAGUGCAUAAUUGUACAGUGCGCAAGGCCUAUAAUUGUACAGUGCACAAUUGUACAGUGCGCAAGGCAUAUAAUUGUACAGUGCGCAAGGCAUAUAAUUGUUUAGUGCGCAAGGCAUAUAAUUGUACAGUGCGCAAGGCAUAUAAUUGCAGUGUAUAAUUGUACAGUGCGAAAGGCAUAUAAUUGUACAGUGCACAAUUGUACAGUGCGCAAGGCAUAUAACUGUACAGUGCGCAAGGCAUAUAAUUGUUUAGUGCGCAAGGCAUAUAAUUGUACAGUGCGAAAGGCAUAUAAUUGUACAGUGCGCAAGGCAUAUAAUUGUACAGUGCGCAAGGCAUAUAAUUGUACAGUGCGCAGGCAUAUAAUUGUACAGUGCGCAAGGCACAUUUUUGCACGGAGCGCAAAGCAUAUAAUUGCACAGUGCGAAAGACAUAUGAUUGCACAUUGGACAAGGCACAUAAUUGCACAACAAGCAAGGCAUAUAAUUGCACAGUGCAUAAUUGUACCUUCACACUGCGUCUAUUGCAGAGGUUGGUAAAAUGUGUGACUGGACCGGUAAAAAACAAUAGGCCCCCAUUCCAACUCCCAGACUCCGGAUUCUUAUUCCAUCGUGUUUUGUUUCAGCUUGAUGAAUCAGUGGUCAGAGGCAGUCGGGCCUGGAGCCCGCCAGAACUGACCAAGUUAUCCAAGUAUUGGAAGGCCUUCGCCAAGCGUCGUGUGGAGGCAUUGGAUCGUUGUGAGAGGCGACUGUUCCUGUACGUCGGCAGACGGAAGAUGGCUCAAGGCGCUUUGGUCAGUGUAAGUGACUCACCUUUGGUCAGUGUAAGUGACUCACCUUUGGUCAGUGUAAGUGACUCACCUUUGGUCAGUGUAAGUGACUCACCUUUGGUCAGUGUAAGUGACUCACCUUUGGUCAGUGUAGUAAGUGACUCACCUUUGGUCAGUGUUAGUGACUCACCUUUGGUCAGUAUAAGUGACUCACCUUUGGUCAGUGUUAGUGACUCACCUUUGGUCAGUGUAAGUGACUCACCUUUGAUCUGUGUAAGUGACUCACCUUUGGUCAGUGUAGUAAGUGACUCACCUUUGGUCAGUGUUAGUGACUCACCUUUGGUCAGUGUAAGUGACUCACCUUUGGUCAAUGUAGUAAGUGACUCAUCUUUGGUCAGUGUUAGUGACUCACCUUUGGUCAGUGUAAGUGACUCACCUUUGGUCAGUGUAAGUGACUCACCUUUGGUCAGUGUAAGUGACUCACCUUUGGUCAGUGUAAGUGACUCACCUUUGAUCAGCUACUUUUUGUCCGUCAGGGUAAGGGGCUACAUAUAAUUGGUCAGUUACUGUAGUUAGUGUAUAAGGAACUUGCGAUUGGUCAGUUUGCUUUAGCCAGUUUAAAUGUACCGCUUUAGUCAGCGUACAGGGUUCUGGUCACAACGAUGGUCUUCACCACUCCUAUUUGUAUUUUUUUUUUACAGCCAUCCUUAAAACCAUUCUCAAACUUACUUGAGGACAAUGUGGAUAUUUUACCGUCAAGGUCAUAUUUAACACAUUAUUUAACUUUACCCAGGUGGCUAGACGGAAUGCAGCAGCUGAGCAGACGGACAUCAAAAGUGCCCAGGAGGAGACCCGGGCGACGGAGGCGUCCCUAGCAACGUGUGUGAACCAGACGAUUGAACUCCAGAAAAAUGACACUUUUUAUAAGGACUGUAAGUCUGAUCCAUCACAUUACAUAUCUUCUAGUUACUAAUCACCUAGAGAAAUAUCAAGCUAAAAAAAAUUAUGCAAUGUGGUUUGGAAAAUUACUCAAAAAAUGUACCGCCCCCGGAACAUGGACCAAUCGCUCUCAAGAUUUUCAGACUAACAAAUGGCAUGUAAUUUACGUGGGGCUCUAUCCACGGCGAUCGUUCGGUAUUUGUGUUUUCAUUGGUCUAGCUAAGAAUCUAUGAACUUUUAAUUUUCCGUUUGAACAUUUCUUUAAUAUUAACAAUUACAUGACUAGUUCUGUUAUAUGUUAAAACUUUGAAAUUCUUCCGGUGAACCACAGCGCAUUGAGCCGCGGACCACAAGUCGUGUGGUCCACAGCUUAAGUACCACUUAACUGCCCCGCAAGAUGUGUCCAGAAGCAUCAAGAUUGUGUUUGUGAAUCACUGGAAAUGUGUUGUUAUCCAUGACGGUGUUUGUCUAGCUACCAAUGGCAUUAACCGAACUUAAGUAAACUCGCCCCCCUCACUUCGUUGUGUUUGUAUUUCCAAUCGCAGAUAAGUUACUAACCACCGAUGUCCAGCGCCUCACUGACAAGGUCACGUCCUGCACUGAAGCUGGGGGCACGGUGACCCCCACUGUUGUGAGGCGAGAAGUUGAUGCUCCUGUGGAUGACCAGGUCAGGACAUUGUUUAUUCAGAUCAUCACCUUAUCUCAAUGUAUUUUUAAAUAUUUCAUUUAUCAUAGUGGAUGCAAUGAAAUUUCUAUUUGAAAAUUUUUUUGUUGAAUUUUGUAGUCUAUUCUGAGAUAUAACACCCAAAAUGAAUCAUUAUUUUAAAAAUGGAUGAAAUAUACUUUAACUAAAUAAAAUAAAUAAAGUUACUUUUUAAAAAAAGUUACUAUAGUUAUAAAAUAAUAUGACAGGUAUGUCUUUCUAGAUCAAGCUCUGUAUUGUGGGGACAUCAAAAAAAAAAUAUGUUACAAGUAUUCCAAUUCUUUGACUAUGUAGAUGCAAACAAAAGCUGCCACUGGGGCCUAAAUUUAGGCGCCCUCUUCCCAGAAAAAAUAAACAUAAAUCCUCUUAUUUUUCAUGAAAUAAUCCCACCUUUGGCGCCCUCUGUAAGACGGUGCCCCUUUUACCCUUUUCAAUAAAACCUUGUUAAAGUAACAGGGAAUGCCUGCUUUCAAAAAGUAUUGUAAUACCUAUGUAAUAUGACGCCUCUGAAUCAGGUUGUCCCCCCAUCGUCCCCUCAGAUGCAGAGAGUCUUUGACAACGUGAAGAGGAAGAAAGACAUUAAACUUGCAGAGAAAACAGAGUGCUUUGCAUCUCUGGGUAAACCCUCUAUACAUUUAUUUCUGUUUUUGAUGAACGAUAUGAAACAUACGAUUUUGUGAAUGAUUGGAAACAUACGAUUUUGUGAAUGAUUGGAAACAUACGAUUUUGUGAAUGAUUGGAAACAUACGAUUUUGUGAAUGAUUGGAAACAUACGAUAUUGUGAAUGAUCGGAAACAUAUGAUAUUGUGAAUGUUAGGAAACAUAUGUUUUUGUGAAUGAUCGGAAACAUACGUUUUUGUGAAUGAAAAUUUCAGGUGGCUGAAAGUCAUUUUUGAAAGAAGGAGAGGCAUAACAUAUUUUUUCACUCUUAUAUCCAGGUAUACCAAGGAAUUUCCCAUUUCAGCUGGAGUAAAGAUUUUGUAGCCUCUAUCAUUUUACGAUAACGCUUGUGACAUGCACAGUGGAGGGGAAAAUAAGAAAACCACAACGGGAACAGAAUUUAAAGAAUUUGGAAUUUGGAACAUAAAAUACACAGCGUCUGAUAAAGUAUCACAUAUAAAUCACAGAAAUACCAUUAAAAUAACUGCAAAAAAAAAAAGAAAAAAAACAACUUACAGUAAUAAAUAAACAACUGUCUGUUUAUGCAGAG